CAUGCCUAAGAAAGGAGGAAGGCGUGCUGAAAUGGGAAAGGAAAUGCAGGCACAGUGUAAACGAGCAAAGGUGGAAGGAGCUUGUUCUCCAUCACUUAUGAAUUAUGAGAGCCCAGAGAGCCUCUUUGGAAGCUUGAUCUCUCCCAUCAAAGAAGAGGUGUUUUUCAGGGAGUAUUGGGAGCAAAAGCCACUGCUUGUUCAGAGAAAUGACCCUCUGCUGGCUGCUUACUACCAGUCUCUGUUCCAGUUGUCAGACUUGAAGGAACUGUGCUGCCAGGGUCUGUACUAUGGCCGAGAUAUUAAUAUCUGCAGAUGUGUGAAUGGAAAAAAGAAGAUUUUAAAUAAAGAAGGCAAAGUGAAUUACAUGCAGCUGAAGAAGGACUUUGACCAGAAAAAGGCAACAAUACAGUUUCAUCAGCCUCAAAGAUUUAAGGAGGAGCUGUGGAAGAUUCAGGAGAAGCUGGAGUGCUACUUCGGGUCUCUGGUUGGGUCGAAUGUUUACAUUACUCCUCAGGGGUCGCAGGGCCUUCCCCCUCAUUACGAUGAUGUUGAGGUGUUUAUCCUUCAGCUGGAAGGUGAGAAACAUUGGCGACUGUAUAAACCAACGGUGCAUUUAGCUCGGGAGUAUAAUGUUGAAUCAGAAGAUAGGAUUGGGAAUUCAACACAUGAAUUUGUUUUAAAGCCAGGUGACUUACUGUACUUCCCCAGAGGGACUAUCCACCAAGCUGACACUCCUCUUGGGAUAUCCUACUCUACACAUGUGACUAUCAGCACCUACCAAAACAACUCUUGGGGAGAUUUCUUGUUGGAUGCAAUUCCCGGCCUUGUGUUCGAUACAGCAAAAGAAGAUGUGAUGCUGCGGAAGAGCAUACCAAGGCGACUGCUUAUGCAGGUGGAUAUUGCUGACUCAACAAAAAAACUGAGUAGCAUUUUGAGAAUGCUUGCAGACCGUCUGGAGAACACCAGAGAACUGAGAUCAUCUGACAUGAAGAAGGAUUUCAUUAUGAACCGGUUGCCACCUUACUUGGGAAAUGACUCUGACUCUCUGAUACCAGGUGGGAAAUUGCCAAAAUUAGAUAGCAAAAUCAGACUGCAGUUCAGAGAUCAUGCUGUAAUUACUGUGGAGCCGGAUCAAGAGAAUGCUGAUGAGAUUCGCAAAGAGAUGGUUUAUGUGUAUCACUCGUUAAAGAACAGAAGAGAAACUCACAUGAUGGGGGCUGAAGAUGAUGCUGCCAGUGAGGAAGGCACAUCACAGACUCAUGGACUGCGUUUUCCUUUGUCAUACUUGGAUGCACUGAAGCAAAUCUGGAGCAACAGUAUUGUUUGUGUUAAAGAACUGAACCUUAUUUCAGAUGAAGAGAAAGAAAACCUUGCCUUGGCAUUAUGGACUGAAUGUCUCAUUGAAGUUAUUUAAUGCUCUUGCAAAUUAGCUCAUCCUGGAAGUAACCUUCCCAGUC